AUGGUGAAAACUUUGAAGAAGAAGUAUAACUUGAACCUGUUAGGAUUGAUUGAAACAAAAAGAGUAAUGCUUACUAAAUAUGAUGUUACAAGGCUGUGGGGUCAUAGUUCUGUUGGCUGGGAGUAUGUGGAAUCGGAAGGGGCGGCGGGGGGGGACUUUAAUGAAAUUCUGCAAAUAGAGGAGCGAAAAGGGGUGACUAGCUUGCCGGCAUCGUCGGAGGAGUUUAAGAGGUGGGUGCAUGAUAUGCAGCUGAUGGAUUUACCUCUUACUGAUAGGCAAUACACUUGGUUUCGGGGUCGGUCCUGUAGUCGGAUUGAUAGGGUGUUGGUCAAUGUGGAGUGGACUGAGAAGUUUCCGGACAUUCGGCUAAAAGGUGGCCCACGGGGGUUGUCUGAUCACUGCCCGCUGAUUGUGGAAGGUACAAGAUUAAAAGGAGGCCCUAGACCGUUCAGAAGCCUGGAUUCCUGGUUUACGCAUGACGGUUUUCUGCGAAUGGUAAAAAAUGAAUGGAGAAGUUUAGGAGAUGCUCAAUUCAUGUGGAAGCUGAAGGCUUUAACAGGUCCUCUGCGGCAAUGGCAGAAUAAUAAUUUUAGGGAUAUGGAUAAGAGACUGGGGAUGUUUGAGGAGGAGAUCACAAGGCUGGACAAUUUGGUGAGCAAUGUGAUAUAUGAUGGUACAACGGAGGCUAGACAAAGGGCGCUGGUGUGCUUCUGUGAAAAAUGGUACGUCAGGAAGGAAAUUCACUGGAAGCAGAUGUCUCGUUCUAAGCAUGCGGCAGACAUGGACAAGAAUACCAGGGAUGGGUUGGUGGAACAGAUUAGCAGCAAUGAGGCUGUGGCGUUGGAGGUCUUGCCAUCAGAGGAGGAAAUUAAGGAGGCAGUGUGGGACUGCGGAUCGUCUAAGGCCCCAGGGAGUGAUGGGUAUAAUAUGAACUUCAUAAAGAAAUGCUGGGAUGACAUUGGUCCGGAAUUCAGUGCAGCUGUACUAUGGUUUUUCCAAAGUGCUCAAUUACCUACAGAUGCAAAUGUCACUUGGGUGACAUUAGUCCCAAAGGUUGAAGGGGCAAAGGAGGUGAAGGACUUUCGGCCGAUUAGUAUAGUGGGCUGUUUGUAUAAGGUAAUCUCGAAGGUGUUGGUGAGGAGGAUGAGGUCCGUGAUGCCGGGGUUGGUAGGACAGACUCAGACUGCAUUUGUGCAGGGUAGAAAAAUUCAUGAUGGAGCACUCAUAGCCUGCGAGACGGUCCAUUGGCUGAAUGCGCGUAAAAUGAAAGCGGUUAUCAUCAAGUUGGAUUUCCAAAAAGCCUAUGAUAGAGUACGAUGGAGUUUUGUCGAUAUUGUGCUUCAGAAGAUGGGUUUCGGCCAAAGGUGGAGGAAUUGGGUAAAGGAGUGUGUUACCACGGCUACUAUGUCAGUUUUGGUAAACGGGACACCGUCUAAACCAUUCAAGAUAGAAAGGGGACUAAGACAAGGAGACCCCAUAUCUCCACUUCUUUUUGUACUCGUCGUUGAAGUGUUGCAUCGGAUGCUGGGGGAAGCCGUUAGGAACGGGCAUAUUGCACCAUUACUAAUAGGGGGACCAUGUGGAGUUGUCGCACCUACAAUUUGCAGAUGA